AGCGGGUUCCUUCUGCGCGCGUGCGCGCACGCCGCCGUCCUCGUCACUGUAAACGCGGCCGCUCCGGCUGGCCCUGGGGGCGGGGCUGUAGGGGAAAGUGCCAAAUCCGCUGAGAGAUGAGGCAACUGAGGAAGAGAGAGGUUAAGUGAUUUGUCCAGAGUCAUACGGCAAGCUAAAUAGCAAAACCACAACAUGAACCCAGACCAAGAAGCUUCAGAGUCUGAACUCUAACCACUAUGCUGUUAUACCUCUCACAUGGUGCAUGAUAUGCCCACAAAGCCAUUGCUUGAAGAAUGUCACAGCAUUGAAGUGAGAAUUCUGCUAGAGAGGAAAUGGCUGCCUCUUCAUCAUCCUCCUCAGCUGGUGGGGUCAGUGGAAGUUCUGUCACUGGAUCUGGUUUCAGUGUCUCAGACCUUGCCCCACCACGGAAAGCCCUUUUCACCUACCCCAAAGGAGCUGGAGAGAUGUUAGAAGAUGGCUCUGAGAGAUUCCUCUGCGAAUCUGUUUUCAGUUAUCAAGUGGCAUCUACACUUAAACAGGUGAAACAUGAUCAGCAAGUUGCUCGGAUGGAAAAAUUAGCUGGUUUGGUAGAAGAGCUGGAGGCAGAUGAGUGGCGGUUUAAACCCAUCGAGCAGCUGCUGGGGUUCACACCCUCUUCAGGUUGACCUUGCUGGGAUGGUCAGCUCUGGUGCACAGCAAGUGCAGGGCCAGCGAGGGACUUUUCUUACAGCAUACGCAGCCGUCCAGAGAUUCACAGCUCCAUUGCUGAAUUGUUAAUUCACAUCCAUACUUGGUUUCUCUGUAUCUAUCCACAAGCAACAAAUACUUAAAUGUGUGAUUUUGCAGGGAAAAUUUUUGUUUAUUUGUUUUUAAAAGUAUUGAGAAUCAGAUUAAGACAACCGGCAUCAGAGAACCGGAGGUUUGGGUUUAAGAGAUAUUUAUAAAACUUUACAAGCCAGGUAGGACACAUACCAGAAUUGGCCCACUGAAUGACGUCUCUCUUGUCAUUCAUGCAGUGCCUAGAAUCCUCACCAGUCAAAUCCAGGAUCUGGAUCAGGAGUUACAAAACACAGUGUUUCUGACCUAAAACAGUUCUUCUUGCAGAUGAACGUGAUUUCAACUCAGGACCUGUUCAAAUGAGGAAUUUUAAAAUGUUCGGGUUUUUUUCUAUUUUUAGACAUCUAAUUCUAUAGAUUCUAACUUUUUCUAACCUCUUCUAGACAUGCCAAAUACUGGCAAAAAUAAUUACAUUUUGAAUGUUGAAGCACUUGUAAAAAUAAAUCCGUGAGCAAAACCCUUUUAAACACAGAAACCCUGAGUUCAUCUUGUCGGUGGGCUCAAGCAGUUCUGUAGCAAAUAAACCCUUUGCAAGAGCUCCA